AUGUUCAUCCGCUUGGUUUUCCUGCUACUUCUAGCCAACUCUGUUUUCAUCGAGACUUCGAAAAUUCAUGAGAUCUUAAAGAAACUUGGAAAGAGAUAUGAAACUGAGCUAAAACCUGUUGCAAACUUAUGGGAUGCCUACAGUAGGACUGAAAAAGAAAAUGCACGUUAUGAGGAAUACGAUUCAUGGAAGGAACUCUCUACUGAGGAAGUUGGAAAAAUCAAAAAUCAGACGAGUUAUGCAGUUCGAAACAACUUUAUAGAAGUUUCCUCCACAGAAAACUUGAGAUUCAAUGAUGCUCUAUUGUACAUUGAAUCUAUAUUGGAUGAAGAUUUCACUGCAGAAGUUUGUGGUGAUGGGAAGAAAAUGAAUUCAUACCAAUACAUAAAACAUUUGACUCACAGUGCAUCACAACACAAGGGAUAUUUUUGGAAAGAGGUCGUGGCUGGUUUCGAUGAAUCACAAGAUCGAGAUGUUCUGAAAUUCAACAUGAACUUGCAUCUAAUGGAUAAAAUGGGUUUUCUAAACAAGAGAUUCUUUCACUUGAAAAACGUCAUCCAAACUGGAACUUGUGCAAAUAAAGGAGUUGUUGGGGACUUUGAAACAACGCCCGAAGGUUUGAAUCCAUACCUUGUUGAUAUGGAAGAUUUGAAAGUGAAGCCAACAACCAAGCUAUUCUUGAAACUUUUCACUCCAGCAGUCUAUCAAUAUCUUGAGGAAAAUCCGAAUAAACUUCCGAGAUACUGGUUGUCUGGAAUCAAUUCCACUCUGACUAAGAUCAAUGUCUGUCAUGAGAAAGUGACUGAACCCGUUGAGUAUACAGAAGACCAAUUCCGUUCCUGGUACGCCCAAUUCGGAUUGAUGUGGCAUCCAAAAGAAGGAUUCGAAAAUCAAACGUAUUCCCUUCAGUUGAUUGAGUUGCUUGAUGACUCAAUUACUGCUAGAGUGACAAUGAAACUUCAAAUGGGAAGAGACAAGGAGGCGGAGUUACAUGAUUGGAAUUUCAAGUUUUUAGCGAAAAAAAAUGAGCACACUUGGUACAUCAACAAAAUAGAAGUUCUGUGUGAUCCAACGAUAGAAUACAAAGAUGAAUCUCUGAAACUGAUUCGGGAAGUUGUUGCUGGAAAGUUUGUGGAUGAACUCAAGUACAAAAACGAUACUCAGUGGUACUCUACUGUUGAUUUCAUCAAACAAUUCACAAAACCCGGACACCUGGUGAUGGAAGACUGCGUGAAUGAUAUUGUAGGAUUAAUCACUCAAAUCGAUUUGUUCAAGAAGGAUCGAGAUGAUGUUCACGGCAUCAAGUUCACCAAGUACCAAAUCGACGAGGAAAUUGCCAUUGAUCUUCCAGCUGCCGACACCGCCACAUUCCGUUUCAAAACUGUCUCACAAGCAGCGGAUUCGACGGAGACAGAGAAAGUAGAAAUUGAACGUGAAUGGUCGUUUGAUAUUAAAUGGGAUCAAAUGGAUCAGUUCUAUUACAUUGAGAAAAUGGGAAUCGGAUGUGGAAAGCCAUGGACUGUGAAAGGAGUCUUCAAGAGUAUUGUUGACACAAUCGGCAAAUGA